CCUCACCCUUAUUCAACCAAUCACAAACUCCCAUUAAAUUGCUUUUGGUUAGCUCAUCACAGUCCCUCCCUCCCCACACAUUCCUUAUCCCCACUUUCCAAGCAAACCUUCAACAAACCCCUCCUACAUCACAAAACAUCCUUCAAAUUACAUAGCUUCUCUUCCUUUCAUAUCCUAAAACUCAACUACACCAAUCAACUAGUUAUCUCCAUUAUUCCAUACAACACUUUCAACUUUCUCCUCCUUCCAUUCCAUGUCCUAAACUCAACUAAACCAAAAUGACAACAACUAACUCUCUCCAUUGUUCCAUCCAACACCAUUCCCUCUCCAAACGCCACCACCCCUUAGACACCCCUCCCCCCACACCACUCUUCCUCAAACCCCCCACCACCACCAUCCACCCCACCAACAUCUCUCUCUCACACACCCCUUCUAACUCACACUCUCACAUCACUUUCUCCCUCUCUCAAACCACCACCACCUCUCCAUCCACCACCCUCUCUUACGACCUUCUCCGCCACCACCUCUCCACCAAAAACUUCCAACAAGCUGAUGAGGAGACACGUCGUCUCCUCAUCGUGCUAGCUGGCGAAGCCGCGCAGAAGCGCGGCUACGUCUUCUUCUCUGAGGUUCAAUUCAUUCCGGAACAGGACCUCAGAACUAUUGACUCCCUCUGGAGGGAGCACAGUGACAACAAAUUCGGGUACAGCGUGCAGAAGAGGAUACUCAACAAGACCAAUGGGGACUUCACCAAGUUCUUCAUCAAGGUGGGGUGGAUGAAGAAGCUUGACACUGAGGUGGAGCAAUACAACUACAGGUCUUUUCCCACUGAGUUCGUAUGGGAGCUCAAUGAUGACACCCCGGAGGGGCACUUGCCUCUCACAAAUGCUCUCAGAGGGACACAGUUGCUCAACAACGUUCUCAACCACCCAGCUUUUGAUGCAGUUGAUGACAAAGAAGAACAAGAUGAUGCUGUCACAGCCACUGGACUAAAGGAUAACAGUUCAUCAUCAAAGAAUUUGACUCAGAAGAUCUUCAAACCAGACUAUAGCUUCUGAGUCUAAUUCAAUUUGGAGGUUAAAUUUUGCGUAUAAAAAAAAUAUAUAGUAACUACUAAUUUAUUAUCAACUACUGCAAGUGGUUGACUCGUUGUAUUUUCUUCUUUUUUUCUUCCAUCAUACUGUAUCAGUUUUUUCUUUGGCUAAUGUCUUCUUAAAUUCUCUUUGCCUUAAUAAUUAGGCUGAUAGCGUUUUACAAAGUCUUGAACCAAGGUUUCACUGCGUCGUAA